UUUUUAUUUAAAAAGAUAUUAUUUUUAAUUACUUGUCAAAAGGAAAUACAAAUUCAAAUGGUUUUGAUGUUUUCUAAAGGAAACCUCUGAAGAGGUACAGUAAGGAAGGAUCCUUUCUUCUCCGUUUAUCUUGGAAUCUUUCUUCUCUCCGUGCUUUUAAUCUUCUGAUCUGAAACCAGAAGAUGUGAGCUGAAGCCUGAGAUCUUGUCACCGCCACUCACCGAUCCAGAUCUCUUCUUUACCUUUGGUUUUGCGCCUCUCUCUCUCUCUCUCUCUCUCUCUCUCUCUCUCUCUGCACAUUUUCGACUACCACCACAACCUCAUUCUCUUCAAGAACUUUUUGACCUGCCUAAUUCUAUCGUCAAAAUCCUUCCUUUGCCGUUUGACGAAAUUUUCGGCUCAAUUGUACGUGUUAGGAAUGGAAAAGGAGGGAUUUUGGGGCCUACAAUGGCAAUCCACCGGUGCCAAACUACCGCCGGAGUUGAAUUCUGGGCCCGCCGCCAGCGACCAGUUGCCGCAGUGCUUCCUCCACCUCAAUUGGAAGCAGCCGAUGGCCCACGACGCCGACUUCGAGUCGGCUCUCAGCUCGCUCGUCUCCUCGCCGUGCUCCAACCCGCCGGCCUCCGCCGACGGCAGCGGUAUCGGAGAGCUCAUAGGUCGGUUGGGAGGCAUCUGCAACUCCAACGACAUCUCGCCGAGUUAUCGAUACCGUAGUGCUGACGCUUCUUGUUACGGCACUCCGCUGAAUUCCCCACCAAAACUCAAUCUUUCCGUGAUGGAUCACCGGCAGCAGGGAAGAGGAGGGCCACCGAUGCCGGUGAAUCGAGUGCCCGGACCUCAUCUCGGGCCACUUUCGGCCGAACCGGGGUUCGAGGACGGCGCCGCAAGGCUUUCUUGCUUUGCAGGAAGGAGUUCCGGGAGUUUCGCAGGCCAAUUCGGGUUCCUGGAGCCCGGAAAUCUUUCGGAGGCCUCGCGCAGCGAAUCUCCGAAGGCAGGUUUUGGGUCUUGCGUGGGAGUUGGACAGAACAGGAGCGAACGCCCUGCCCAUCUGGAGACGGAGAUGAGGUCGACAAUUGGUGUAUCUUCGACAGCGGAGAAGUCGGAGCUCGGAAAUGGCCCGGAGGAGUCGUCGUUGUCCCAUCGGAUGACGGCGGAGGCAUCAUCCCUGAGAGGUAUCGCUGACAACAAUUCAGGGAAAUGGAAGACAGCGGCAAAGCGGAAAGGAAGGGAGGCACCUUUAUCUUCUUCUGCCACUAAUCCCCCUGCUAAUAUGACAGAGGAGGAGAACUCCGAUGCAAAGAGAUGCAAAUCGGCUGACAGAAAUGGAGGUGCAAAGAAUGCGGCGGUGAAGCCGAAGACGGAGCAGAAUGGAGAUCCUGGCCACCGCGAGGGCAAGGAUAAUGAUCACAAGCCCCCUGAGCCACCGAAGGAUUACAUCCAUGUGAGGGCGAGAAGAGGACAAGCCACUGAUGCUCACAGCCUCGCCGAGAGGGUUAGAAGAGAGAAGAUCAGUAAGAGGAUGAAGUUUCUGCAAGAUCUUGUGCCAGGUUGCAACAAGGUGACCGGCAAGGCUGUGAUGCUUGAUGAGAUCAUAAACUAUGUGCAGUCACUGCAGCGGCAAGUCGAGUUCCUAUCCAUGAAGUUAACCACCCUGAAUCCCCAGAUGGAUGUUAGCAUGGAAAAUUUCCUGCCAAAAGAUAUGUAUCAAUCUCGUGGACUGAUGCCACAGCCAGUUUAUCCGGCAGAGAUAGGCACAGUGUUGUCGUAUGCUCACCAGCCUCAGACUAUCGCUCUCCAGAGCGUCAUGACAUCCGGUCUCGAAGCGCAAUUCUCCUUGAAUCCAUUACAAUCCUCCUUACGACAGUCUCAGAGUAUGCAACAUGCCACCACGGACGCAUACACAGAUGCUCCCUCUCAGCUUGGGGGUCUUUGGGAGGAUGACCUGCAGAGUGUUGCUCAGACUGGCUUUGGGCAGAACCAUGGCCAAACGCACACUGGUCACAUGAAAAUUGAACUCUAAUCAUGUGAUUUCAGAGUAAAGCCUUCGUAUAUAAAUGAGACGUGCUUUGAAAUAGCAUUGUGAAGUUUUUGCUAAUGACCAUUAGGUCUGCGCUCGUAAUUGAUGUGGAGAUUUCUUUUCAAAAGCACAGGUAAGAUUGUAACAAAUGAAAACAAGACGGUGCAGGAUUUCAGUAUGAAGAUGUGGUUCUGUACUCCCAUAAGUGCCAUGUUCAUAAGUUCAUGAAGGUGUUUUCAUGGUUAUGUGCUGCAACUCUCCUGCUGCUUCCAGCGAUUCGACGCUAUCGCAUAUUUGGACUUUGGACUGCAGUGAGAAUCCGUAAGCCCUUUACAUCUUAGUACUUCCUGCUUGAAUAGGAGAUAUUCCCACAGAAUCUGUAAAGUAUUUCCUUCCUUGUAUGGACCACCUAACAGUAGAAGUACUACACUCACAUACUGAUCGAGUUGUAUGCUCUCAAGAUAGACUGACCUAUCAUGAGAAGAAUAGCAUCAAAAUGACCAGGUUGGCAAAAGCUUUUGAAUUUGACAAGUAUCUCUCAAGUUGAAAAAUUCCUUGUUCAGAAUUCUUUUUCCAUAUAGCUUUACAGUUCAUUGAAGGAAGAAAAAGGUGGAAUUAGAUUCCUUUCAGCAAGUUAAAUCAUUGUCUCUCAUCCUCACAGGACUGUCAUGUUAGAUCGGUUACCUUCAUACAUUAUCUUGCCAGUGAUUUCCCUGUGAACUAAAGCCAUAACUGAUGCUUUGUUUCUUCUUAUCAGAACCAACCUAGACAAGGAUGAGGGCCAUGAUUGUUAGUGGAUUACUGCAUCUUGCUGCAAUUUUUUCGGACAAGCAUCAUGGAGUGUUUUCCCUGUUGAUGUGAUGCCAAUCGAACUAAAAAUCAUCAGAUGUGAUGUUCCGUUUUCGAUCAGGUCCGGAACGUAACACCUUGAGAACAGUUUUGUGUUGGUAAUUAUUUCCUUCAUUAAACAUGAUUGCAGUACUCAGCCAUGAACUCCAUCAGUCAUGUACUAUUUGACUGUAUCCUCUCUUCCCUUUCAACUCCACAAGCUGUGGGGUAUUAUCAAAUACUCCAAUCAUCCUAAGCCAUGAAAGACUCAUGAAGCUCAGAAUUACCAGCAAAUGUCUCUUUCCCUUCGUGAUGUAUCUUUUCUAUUCUUACUUAAGAUCUUGGCUCUUUUAUCUAGUUGCAUAGAUGUAUAGAAGAAUCAUAAUGGUUUCAUGUAGCUGCUGCAUGUUGAUUGGUUUCCCUUAUGCUGGA